CCCUCUGCAACUGCCAGGCACGCCGUCGGCAAGACGAAGCGAGGUGUGCAUACCAAGAAGCCAAGAAGAUGGCCGCCGUCGCCGACGGCGGCGUCUCCUCCUGCGGCAGCAUCAACAUGCGCCGCAUCGACCACCUCCUCCCGCUCCCGCUCCCCUGCGUCGGCGAGCCCACCGCCGCCUCCCGCGUCUCGCCGGGGUCCUCCCCCGCGCGCUCCGACGCUUCCGAGGGCGGCGCCGCCGCCUUCUACGCCGCCGACGCCGAGCCCGACCCCGACCCCCAGCCCGAGGCGUCCGCGGGGAGGAGCACGCAGAUGCUGCUCGCGAUGGCCGCCAUGGGCGCGCGCGGCGGGCCCUACGGCCGCCGCCCGGCUUCCUCCUACGGCAGCUGCGCCGCGUGGAGCGCCGGGUCCCUCACCGAGCACCGCCCGGCCUCCCCGUCCCCCAUAUGCAGCCCCGUCAGCAGCAAGGGCGGCGACGGCUGCCGGGACGGCGGGGAGCGCCAGGACGACAGCGACGGAUCCUCGUUCGUCACGUCACGGGAGGAGGAAGAGCAAGGGAGGGCACCAACCAGAGGAGAUUUCAUGAAGUCUGCUACACCACGAAACAUCAGACUACAGACACCCAGGCACCCUUCUCUGCUGGAUCGCAGAGGUGACGGUUCCAACCGAGGGCCUCCAAGAUUCGUCCACAAGGCCACACCAGCUAGAUUGAUGCGCCGAGCUCGCUCCGCACGCAAUUACCAGAGGCGGCGUAUGGGAGCAAUUGAUGCUGUCAAUGAAUGGAGAUUGCCUAAAGUAAGUGAAGAGGAAGAUGAGGCAAUGGACCAAAAGGACUGGCAGGCAGAUACUGUGUCGUCUCGUAUAUCCUCAGCUCGUGAUUGGAACUUCGAUGCCGAAGGUGCCUAUGAGGGAGGCAAUCACGGUGGUCAUGCUUUUGACCUUUCAGACGGUGAGAAUUGUCCAGUUGCAGUGCAAAGGAUGGAGAGACGGGUCCGGGGCUCUGCAGUAAAACCAAAGGAAAAUUUCGUCCAUGCCAAGUUGGUUGCCUGGAAGGAUGCACAGAUUUCAAAGCUCAUAGACAAGCUGAAAAUUAAAGAAGCAAACAUCGAUGUCUGGCAGAAGAAUAAGAUUGCACAGGCCAGGGAGAAAAUGACAAACACUGAGAUGAAGUUGGAAAAGAAGAGAGCUGAAGCAGGGCAGAAGAUGCAAAAGGCGAUACGAAAAGCGCAGAGGAAAGCUGAUAAGAAGAAAGUCAAGGAGCAGGCAGCCACUGCCAAUCGGAUAGCUGGUGUUGAGAAAGCCUUGGAGAAGAUGUCUAGGACAGGAAAGCUCCCUUGGUCACUGGCCUUCCUGUGAUCCAGCUCUUCACUUGUGCUAGUUCCAGACAAACAGAUUGCAAUAAGCUCUAACAGUGCCAGCACGAAAAGACUAAAGCUAAAGAAACCAGCAGUGUCAGAUAUCCAGAAAAUUACCAUAUAUGCUGUAUAUAAUGUCGGUUUGUUAUCCUAGCUAGGUUGAUGGAAGUUUCAGGUCAUUCAACACUUAAUCAGCCCUUCAACGUUGAUUCUUAGACAUGACCAGAAGCAAACAGGGGCAGAUUAUAGUGUUUCUGUAUCCAUACUCUUGUUGUGGCCUAAAUUCCUGUUCUUAGAAACAACAUUCUUUUUCUCCCCAUUUGGAGAGCAUAUAUAUACAGUUUCAGUCGAAAAUUUCCCGCU